UCCAAGCCAAACAAACCGAACCGUUACACUUGCGGUGGGGUUUGUUCGUCGAAUCCCAGCCAGUCAGUCAGUCGAAUGCCGGCUGGCUCAUCGUGGAUGCUAGGAGAAAGAAAGAGAGAGACUCACAGAGAGCCAGUCCAACUUUCAAACGAAAGCUAUGGAAUUGAUUGUGUGCACGGCGCGUACAUGCUCGUCUCCACCGCUAUCGUCAUCCAAUUUCGAUCCCUUCAAUACACGCACUGCCGGUGGCCGCGCCGUGCCACUGAUUACAACCAAGAAGAAGCUGCGAGUUGUUGCCAAGGCAACUACCGACAGCCGGACAUUAGUACCACUACCGCGGCCGUCUUCUACUGCUGCCUCCACUGCCAGUACUCCGUCUAAUAGUGCUCUAGAGCAGCUCGAUAUUGAGCGCGGUGUUUGUGUUCCAUUCCGCAAGUACACCCCGGACCUGGUGAGGAAUAAGGUUUUGGAAUCUAGAGGGGCUAUUCUGUCCCUUAUCGGCCGUGGAGUUGAGAUUGUUUGGAAUUUGGGAUUCUAUUGGUCUUCCUUAAUGUACGAUUGUUUGGUGGGUCGUGAUAAAGAGGUUGUUCCUUAUCGUGCUCGCCAGCUCAGAAAUCUCCUCUGCGAUUUAGGCCCUUCCUUCAUCAAAGCUGGCCAGGUUCUUGCAAACAGACCGGAUAUUAUUAGAGAAGAUUAUAUGAAUGAACUCUGCAUUCUUCAAGAUGAUGUUCCUUCUUUCCCCAAUCAGGUUGCCUUCAACAUUAUGGAAGAGGAACUGGGCCAACCCCUUGAAGCUUUGUUUAGCAAAAUUUCCUCAGAAACUAUAGCAGCUGCAAGUCUGGGUCAAGUUUACCGAGCUACUCUUCGGGCCUCAGGGGAGGACGUUGCUAUUAAGGUUCAAAGGCCUCAGAUUGAGCCUAUUAUUUAUCGGGAUCUUUUUCUCUUCCGCAAUCUCGCUUCAUUCUUGAAUGGCAUCAGUCUACAGAAACUGGGCUGUAAUGCAGAGCUUAUAGUUGAUGAAUUUGGGGAGAAACUCUUGGAGGAGCUAGACUAUACCUUGGAAGCUCGUAAUAUUGAAGAUUUUCUUGAGAACUUCAAAGAUGAUCCUACAGUUAAAAUUCCUAGGGUUUACAAGCAGCUUUCUGGUUCACGUGUGUUGGUAAUGGAAUGGAUUGAUGGCAUACGGUGUACUAACCCACAGGCUGUUAAAGAGGCAGGCAUUGAUGUCAAUGGAUUUUUGACUGUUGGUGUGAGUGCUGCGCUGCGGCAGUUGCUGGAAUUUGGAUUAUUUCACGGAGAUCCGCACCCUGGAAAUAUAUUUGCUCUGCGUGAUGGUCGCAUUGCUUAUGUAGACUUCGGGAAUGUUGCUGUACUAAGUCAGCAAAACAAGCAGAUUUUGAUUGAUGCUGUUGUUCAUGCUGUAAAUGAGGACUAUGUAGAGAUGGCAAAUGAUUUCACCAGGCUUGGCUUCCUGGCUAGUGGCACUGAUGUCUCGCCCAUUAUACCUGCUUUGGAAGCGAUCUGGCAGAACUCUGCUGGUAAAGGACUCUCAGAUUUUAAUUUCAGAAGUGUUACAGGGAAAUUUAAUCAACUUGUUUACCAGUAUCCCAUUCGAAUCCCAGAGAGAUUUUCUCUUGUUAUACGUUCUUUGUUGACCCAAGAGGGCAUCUGUUUUACGCUGCAGCCAGAUUUCAAAUUUCUUGAGGUUGCCUAUCCAUAUGUGGCAAAGCGGCUUCUGACAGAUCCUAACCCGGCUCUACGUGAACGGCUCAUACAGGUGUUGUUUAAAGAUGGUGUUUUCCAGUGGAAACGGCUUGAGAAUCUCAUUGUUCUCGCAAAGGAAAACGUGGCCAAGAUGAGCAGCAACCCUGCAUUGCAAGUGAACAACACGCGCAGGUCAAGUGACUUGCAGGUUGAUAGGAAAUUGGACUUGACGGACACCAUCAAGGAUGGAGCUCGUAUGUUCCUUCUUGAUGAAGGAAUUAGAAGGCAGCUUCUUCUUGCGUUGACAGAAGACUCCAAGCUUCACAUUCAAGAGCUUGUUGAUGUAUAUAGACUGGUAGAAGAUCAAAUAGAUAUCCCCUUGGUGGCUAUGGAGGUAGCACGAGACUUGCCAUCUGUUGCGCGGGACGUCAUGCUUUCAUGGAGUAACUCCAUUUUAUCCGAUAGAUAGUGUAAGUUCAUGGGGUAUGCGCGCGAAUAGCACUUCUCUAGCAUUUUUGGAUGUACUAAAGCUCCAUCGUUGUUGAGGCUGCCAACUUUUCUUCCAAUUGGUACAGAGCUUUGCUAUAUACUGUAAAUAUAGUGGUGUAAUCCCAGGCAUAUAGUGACAUUAUAUAAAAAUGAAAGAAAAAGAUCAGUUCUUUCCCUGUA